CAAUGACGAAAUGCACAAGCCGCCGCCGGCUCCAGCACCAUUCUAUCUGCUAAUUACCCCGCGAUGGUUUUCAGGGUCGGCAUCAUGGCAUUAAGAGGAAGUAAUGCCGGAUCAACCAUGUGGUCUUGUUUCUCCCACACAGAUCCGGCUGACAGCUUCUCCCAUUGACCUCGGGAACCGAUUCAGCACCUUACUUGACAGAUCACCACCAUCUUUCCUCACAACACAGCUAACAUGGGCAAGAAGCGCGUUCUCAUUUCGUAUGGUGUUGACGUAGAUGCGGUAUGUGGGUGGCUUGGAUCGUAUGGCGGAGAAGACAGUACCAGCGACAUUUCGCGCGGUCUGUUUGCUGGCACAGUUGGCACGCAGCGCCUCUUGAAGCUGUUCAAGAAGUACGACAUGAAGACCACAUGGUUCAUUCCAGGUCAUAGUCUGGAGACUUUCCCAGAAGACAUGGCUGCAGUACGCGACGCUGGGCAUGAGAUUGGUCUUCACGGUUACAGUCACGAAAACCCCGUCGAUAUGAGUAUGGAACAACAACGGGACGUGCUUGACAAGACAUAUCGCAUGUUGACCGAGUUCGCUGGCAAACCUCCAAGGGGAAGCGUUGCGCCCUGGUGGGAGACGAGUCGCGAAGGUGCAGAACUGCUUCUUUCUUAUGGUAUCGAAUACGACCACAGCAUGAGCCAUCACGACUGCCAACCUUACUAUCUCAGAACUGGAGACUCUUGGACCAAGAUUGACUACGAGAAGAAAGCAAAAGAUUGGAUGAAGCCGCUCGUUGCAGGCCAACAGACUGGCUUGGUUGAGAUUCCAGCAAACUGGUAUCUUGAUGAUCUGCCACCUCACAUGUUUAUUAAAUCCUCGCCAAACAGCCAUGGCUUUGUCAAUGCGCGAGACACUGAAGACUUGUGGAGAGAUCACUUCGACUACUUCUACCGCGAAUACGAUGAGUUCAUCUUCCCUAUCACAAUCCACCCUGACGUGUCAGGACGACCACAUCUACUCUUGAUGCACGAAAGGUUGAUCGAGCACUUCAAGAAGCAUGAAGGUGUUGAGUUCGUGACUAUGGAACAGAUGGCGGAUGAGUUCAAAAAGAAGAACGCACCACCCGAGGGAGCACUCAUGCCUGCCGAAGCAGGGCUUAAACUGAAAGAGUAGCUAGAUAUUCGAAUCCAUGCCAUUAGUAGCU